CGGAGGGAGUAGUGACGGUGCCGUCGGGGCUUCUAUUCCAAAGGGGCGCAGAAGCAGCGCCUGGUGACUUUGGUCGCGGCAGCCGCUGCACGAGACGAGUCUUCUCGGUUUUCUCUCCGCCCAUCCCGAAGAGCCGGUACCUCGCGGGCUCAGCCACUUGCCAGUUCUUAAUUGGGUUCGGACCCGCAUGGCGUGCUACCUAGUGAUCAGCUCCAGGCAUCUCAGCAAUGGGCACUACCGUGGCAUUAAAGGCAUCUUCCGGGGACCACUUCGCAAGAACGGAUCUGACACCGCGGAUUUUGCUGAAAAGGAGAAGGCAGCAGCAAGGGCUUUGGAAGAUGUGAAGGCUAACUUUUACUGUGAAUUAUGUGACAAGCAGUACCAUAAACACCAUGAAUUUGACAACCACAUCAAUUCCUAUGAUCAUGCACAUAAGCAGAGAUUGAAAGAGCUGAAACAAAGGGAAUUUGCACGAAAUGUGGCUUCAAAAUCCUGGAAGGAUGAAAAGAAGCAGGAGAAAGCUCUCAAACGACUUCAUCAGCUGGCUGAGUUGCGGAAGCAGUCAGAAUGUGUUGCCGGAUGCAGACCCAUGUUUAAAAGUCCCCAGGUAGUUGUAGAACAACCACAGCAACAAGCACAAGACACUUUUCUCUUAGCUCAAGAAGACAAUGCCAAGACUGCAGAUGAAGCGAAAAGCUCCACCAGCCACCAUUCAGAAAAGCUACAGGAACCUUUGCUAAACAAGGAUCAAUCGUGCAUAGAGAGACACCGUUUGCUUAAAAACCAUAUGUCUCCAGCAUUCCCCUGCAGCAUGAACGCUUGUAACAGGACAGGGGUGUCCUUUUCCUUUUCUAAAAAAGUCCACUUGAAGCUUGAGUCAUCAGCAUCUGUCUUCAGUGAGAAUGUGGAAGAAGCACAUGACCACAUUGGGUCACCAAAGCAAAAAUUGAAUCAAGCUGCCAAGGAAUGUUACACUUGCACACAUAUGAGUAGCAAAAGGAAAACCAAUGUGCAAAAGAGAUUAAGCACACUUCAGGACCAGCGAGACAGCCCGGAAUUAUACAAUCUGGCUGGAAAAAAUAAACCACAUAAAGAAAAUAACCAUAACCGCAACAGAGAAUCAUUGGAAACUCACCUUCCAUUUUAUAAGGAGAAACAGCAUUCUCUAGAUUUGGAAUGUCCCAGCUCUCCUGACAUAAAAUCAAGACAGUUGGUCAAGACACGGAAAUCUAUACAAAGUUUCGUCACAUCUCAAUGCCAACCUACCAGUGCUUGUCUACAGCAAACAGAUUACAGACACAGCAACAUCUUGCUAACAGAAUGUGACUCUGAAUUUUCAGGCCAACAGUCAUCUGAAGGAGAACAUUCAUGUGCAAUACACUUUAAUCCCUGUAUAUUCAAAUGCUCUCCCGAUUCUUCAAAAAAUUUGGCUUCAGAUAACGAAACAUCAAAAAAUGAUGGUUUGGUUCAUGAAAUUAAGCCUAAAACAUUUCCUUUUCUUCACGUACUGAGUAAAGAUGGCAGUAAAGCCUUCCAUUGGCCCAUAGAACUUCUUUUGUUUACAAAAACACAACCUUCUAUUUCUUAUGGCUGCAAUCCAUUAUAUUUUGACUUUAGACUUCCCAUAUCCAGUAAAGACAAUGGGCAGCAUGAAGUCAAUCCAGAUAUUUCUAUAGAGUAUUCAAGAACUAUGGAUAUAGAUGAAAAUCAUGUUUUGGAUCUUACUAAGAAGCAGCAAUUGUCCAUUAGAAAAGAUAACAUUUUAAAGCCAAAGAAGAACAGUGCUCUGUAUCUCAAAAAGUGUCAGCCAAAAUUAUAUAAAGAGAAAGAAAAUAAAAUAAAUUGUACUGCUCCAAAGUACAUUUCAGAUGAUUUGAAUGAAAAUAUGCCCAAUGUGCCUGCUCACCUUGAUUGCUCACAAAGGCAUUGUACAAUAGCAACAAGUCACCAUACAGAAAUGUGUAUGAGAUCUUUAGCACAACACUUUCAUAACUGUGAAACAACGACACAGGAUGAAGUUGGUGAAAAUGUUUGCAUUUAUCCUUUGGCGUCUAGGGCAAAAAAGGAAACAUGUGGAAAAUGUGAUUUAAUGUAUUCCCAGGAGCAAACCAAUCUGGAUUUGGUCACUUGUACAAGUAACAUAAACGAAAGUGGAAAAGAUAUGCUUCUUGGUUGUAAGUUAGACUGCCCUGAUGAAUGCUUAGAAAAGGAAAACAAUGUGAGUUUUGCUAAUGAUUUUUGGAAAUUCUGCCCUUUGCAAAAACCCUGGUCUGACAGACAGUCUAAUUAUUCUGACAUCUCCACCAAUAGUGAGAGUAGCGACACAAGUUGCUACUGUAAUCAUAGAUCAAACAAUCAUAGUAGAGGUAAUCUUCCUUUUUGUUGCAAAAGGAAACACAAGUCAAUUGGAAGACAGAAAUGUAAACACCAAAAGCACAACUGCAUUUCCUCUUCUGAUGAAGCAGACGUGGACUGCUUUAUCCACAAAAAAAGCCAGCGCCCUGCAGAUUGUACUCAGAGGAAUACAAUAAAAUGCCAGCGAUAUUUGAGAUAUGGGCACUUGCUACAAAGAGAAAGAGCAAAGCAAAGUAGAAAUAGAUACCCUGUCUGUAAACACAGUAGAAGCAGAUGUACCAGCUCCCAAGGUUCUUGCAUCCAUGAUUCAGGAAACAGUGACACAUCAUCAAGUUCCACUCAAUCUAGAGGUAACAAUUCAGGAUUGUUGAUGAAGGAAUCAGUGAAUAUCUGGAACAAACACAAAAAGACUAUGAGAACAGGCGAAGAAAAAAAACCCUGCUCUGCUCAUUCAGAGAACCAGAAUGUGAACUAUUCCUCUAAGCAUAAGCAUGGAAUUUGCUCUGUCAACUGGUUAGAAAAUGAAGCAGCAAGACAGAAGUCACUAACUGCCAAGCUACUUUUGCAAAAGGUAAAAUCCAAAAGAAGCCAGGGGCAAAUUGGAAGCACUGGGAGCUUUUCGGAGGCUUGCAGGAUAGAUGCCCCCUGUAAUGUGCCUGGCACAUCUUCCAUGGAGAGUGAAACAACACUGCCUUCACAGGAGAACAAACACAGUGCUGACAUGAACUGUGUGUGGAAUCAUGAAACUGGGGAAGUGGAAAACAACACAAACCAAGGUUUGACCCUAGAUAAUAUUAUGGGUGACACUACCUACAAUAAUUGCCUGCUCCAAAACUUAAUUCAAAGAGGAACCACCUACCAAACCCUAAAUAUGGAAGCCAGCACAACAAUAAAAGAGAAGACAGAUCACUUAACCGAUGAAACACAAGUUCUUCUGCCAAGCUAUGAUCCAAUGACAGGUGAUUUUCCUGGUGCUUUUGUUUCUCAUAGGUAUUCUCUUGCUCCAAAUUUUACUGACACCAAAGAAGAAUACAAUGCAAGGGCUGACUUGCAUCAAGCAGAAGAGGAGCUAAACUAUUUCCCUGACAACACUAUGCAUAAAUUCAAUGAAACAGAAUAUGAGACUGACCUUUAUAAUAAGUGCAUCUCCCCCCCUUUGUCACAACAUCCUAUAAUAUUUUCCCCUGAUGAAAUAGAUAAAUACAGGUUUCUACAGCUACAGGCCCAGCAGCACAUGCAGAAACAACUUGUAGCAAAACAUCUCAAGGUUCUGCCUACUACUGAACCAGCCACAUUCUCUGCAUCUCCAGCAGUUCAGCCUGUUCCAAUCCAGCAGCACACUUCUGUUGCCACCCUCCACCAAACCUUUUUGCAAAGCUUGGCUUUGUCCAAUGGGACUCAUCCACACAGCAGUAAUCUAACCCAUAUACAUCCAUUCUCACAGGCUCACCUUGCGCCCGUAUCAAUUCCGCCAUUUGCUUCAACCUUCUUGCCAACUCACGCAGCACUAUUGUCUGGUUAUCCUUUCCACUUGGUAUCAGCCACUCCUAUUCAUCCUGUCACCCAACUGGCAAUCCCAUCCCUGCCUCCUACUGCCUUUAUUCCUACUUGGUUCACUCCACCACUGAAUGCAACUGCAUCUUCCACAAUGCAUUUCAAUCCUUUAAUUCAUCCAUUUUUCCAGGGGCAGAAACUUCCACCUUAUUCUUGAAUGUGGCAUGCACACUGGUUCUCUGAAAUGAGUGGGGGGGGAAGUAAGUUAAAAAAUAUAGUUAAAUAGCAAGGUCACUGUCCUACAUUCCAAAAAGCAAUUUAGAAUGGAAAGUCCCAUUUAGUAAUGUAAUUGUUUUCCGUAUGAGAAGUCAUGGUUUAUAUACUCCAAAUAUAUCAAGAAUGCUGAGCAAAAUCAAAGUUGGGCUGACACAGCACAUAAAUUUGAUCAUUAAACUGUUGAGAAGAAAGUUAUUUGUCACAAAGCCAUGUCUACUUCUUACUGCAGCCUUUUGCAAUUUGGCACAGUCCAGAUGCAAUUUGACUGCAGCUUCCAAAAUUCCCAAACUAUUUGGAAGAUGCCUGAUUAGGAGGUAUUGUCUGACAACUCCUUUUAAGGGUUAGCAUGGUCUUUGCACUAUAGUAGGUAUUUUAUUUUUUAAAAAAAAUCUAUAUGUACUUUCAAAAAAAGAUUCAUGCAAGAACCUUGGAAAGCUUUUGGAGUACAUAAACUCCCUAUUCUCCCAUCACCAUUCAACUGACAGCACAUAACUGAUCUUAAGCAAUGCAAUUUUUAUUGUUCUUUUAAAAAAUGCAAUAAAAAUGAAAUAAGUACCCAACUCGCCACAGAAAUACAGGCUGAAAUUCCCCCUCCCCCUUCAGGGACAAGAUUGCAUCCAUGCUCUUGCUUAAUCAAAGAUGUGUGGUCCACAAUCAAAAAAUCGGGUCUCUUUCU